AAAACGCAUUGAUUAUUCUGUUGUGUUUGAUCAUUUUGUACUCUAUCACUCUAUCAGUCUGUAAAUACAGUAGACGAAGAGCUACGUUGAACUUGAAGUGCUGUCACACAACAGCUUUACGACACGGUACUGCCUUCACGCUCAUCUCAUCAAUUCGACAGAGUGUCGUUCUUCAAAACUUCGUCUACAAGGCAGAAUAACAUUGUGGUGCUGGUCUUUUGGUACGGAUAACCCACUGCACUGUGGCGGCUAACUCGACAGAGCACUCAGCCGUCGUGCUCUAUUUCAUUAUGAUAAGGGAGUCGUACAUCAGUGACGUCGUCCGGCAAUAAGGGAGUGCAGCAUGUUUGCUUCCGCACACAGUAAGAAGGAUGACUUGCUACAGGACGCCCAUGCCGCCAGGGAAGCUAGACGGCUGCAGGUGGUGAAGACAGAUGCGGCUAUCAAACUACAGGCAUUUUGGCGUCGCUGCUCAGUAUUUAUACGUCUACGCAGAGAGCACAGGUUGAAAUGUGACGAGAUAUUUCCUGGCGAUAGGGAUCACGUCCAAACCCUCUCUGCAUUGGACCAGUUUUGGUGCAUUCGCCGAUGGCUUUUCACUUAUCACUCCGUUCAAGAUGCUGAGAGACUAUCAAACAUCUGCCAAGGGUUAAUUUCAUCAAUGGCACAGUCCACGCCAAAGGUGUGGUAUGUGUCCAUGAUCGGCCACAAUAAGCUGAUACCGGCGUGGAUUGUCCAAGUGAAGACGCUCUGCACCAUGGCGAUGAAGUGCUUGGGAACACUCAAGCCCUGGACGGGUCGAGACAGCUCUCUUAUGAUCCUCUAUCUGCGAAUGCUCAUCACGUUCACAGAAUGUACCGGCUGGCAAUUGACUGCCAAAGCAGGUGAUGCCGUGAAGACUACACUCAAGCAGCUCUGUCGUAGUAUUCAGAAGCAUGUGGUUGAGGCAGGUCUCUACGCAAGUUUGAAGGACCUGGGUAUGAAUGGCCUGUGCCGGGAUCCAGUAGCACUGUCUUCAUCAGCUCUGUUGUCAAUCGUCACGCUUUCGCUAAGACCUCUGAGCUCUUCGGGAUACUCAACUGCAAGAUUGAUGGACGUAUCUAUCUACUUGUUGAGCUUACCAGCGUUGGUGUCUCACCUUCGACAAAGUGGAGCCCAACACAUCGCGCUGUUGGAACGCCCUCAGUUGCUGAAACGUGUUUUAACAAUUCUGGCUGACCCGUCCAACAUGAAGACUGUGUUUGAAUCCCUGCAUGCUAUCAAAAGCAUAUGUUUGCUGGGGAAUUUGAUCGAGUUGUACACAGUCACACCCAAGCCACAAGCUACUGAAAUCCGUACGCCAUUUGUGGAUGUAAUCGGCUGCACUUUCGAACUUUGCCAGCGCUAUGUUGGCGUCAGGAAGGGUAGCAGCAGUAGCAGCUUUCACCAACUGCUGGGCUGGUUCCAGCAGAAGGCGGCAGAUGAGAGAUUGGCAGAAGGAACACCGCUGGUCAAUAGACAGAUAGAGAAGCUGUGGCUUGAGAGCACGAUCACGCAGCUCUUUGGUGAUGUCAUCAGUGCGAGCAGUGUUGAGGACGCAGGGGCUCAGAAAGGAGCAGCUUCCGACGCCGCAAGUGGCACGAAGAAACCGAAAGGCAUUUGGGGACGCUUGUUCGACUUUCGCAUCACUCACUUAUCAACAUCUGCGCUGAAGCUGGAUUCACCUGAGUUCUGCUCCCUGCGCAAGAUCUGCUCUCUGUAUCACGGUUGCCUCAAGACGUUUGUGCAGAUCAAGAUCGAAAUCCUGACCAGUCUGUGUUUCCAUCCGGGUUUGCUGCCCAGUAUGUGGCAGUAUCUGAACAGUAAAAGCACACUCGAGCAUAUCACCAAGAUGUCGCACGACGAAGCGGCAAUCUCACAGCACCCGCUUGGCUCCGUGCUCGCCUUGUUCUGCAACUGCUGCACGCACGUGCUGGCCAUAGUGGAUGAUAUUGAAAUGUAUGAGGAGCAGCGGCCGUUCACACUGCCCCAGCUGAUUCUUCUGUCUGGAUUCCUGAACAAGCUGUGCUUCAACUUGAUCUGGCAUGCGGGAAGUGCCGCCAAGGCCGUGCCUGCCACUGGCGUCUCUUCAUCGCGCGCGACAGCAUCUUCAGCAGCCACCGUGUCUGCCGCGGCAGCUAAAGCCGGCAUUGAGCAGGUAUUGAGUGACAGUUCGUUUACUCUUCUGUCUGCCGCACACUCGUUGCUGAUGCUGCUACACGAUCGUGACUGUCGCAGAAACUAUGCUCCGGCGGAUCAUUGGAUAAUUGACUCCGUCCCCCUCUCCAGUUUCCGCCAAGAGCUGGAGCGUCGCAAGCAGCGCGCCACCACUCUGCUUCGAAUGAUGCCACACACAAUACCCUAUUUGGAACGUGCAAAGAUCUUUCGUGACCUUGUGCACAAAGACAAGCUCCAGCUUGGAUUGGCCGGUCAGGACCUGGAUGUUUAUGGCGCUUCAACGUACAUCACCGUGCGCAGAAAUGCUCUCCUUGAGGAUGGCUUUGCUCAGCUCUCCAAGCUACGUAUUCAGGACGCCAAGGGAAUCAUUCGCAUCAAGUUUGUCAAUGAACAGGGUCUUGAUGAAGCUGGCAUUGAUCAAGAUGGUGUCUUCAAGGAAUUUCUGGAAGAAAUUGUCAAGCAAGUGUUCAAUCCGAACUUUGCUCUCUUCAAGAGUGUGGAAGAAGGUAGCAAUGUCUACCCAUCGCCCAACAGCUAUUUGCACAACGACCACUUGCAGUUGUUUGAGUUUGUAGGUCGUCUCCUGGGCAAGGCUGUAUAUGAGGGAAUUGUGAUCGAAGUGCCGUUUGCAUCGUUCUUCCUGACGCAAAUACUAGGCAGAACACAUAGCUUUGCCUAUUCGUCCUUCGAUGAGCUGUCUUCCAUGGAUGCAGAGUUGUAUCGGCGUCUCUCUGAGCUCAAGCGCUAUGAAGGUAAUGUCGAAGACGAUUUCUGCCUGACGUUUGCCAUCGAUGAGGACCGGCUGGGCAAGCUUGUGACCCAUGAUUUGAAGCCCUGCGGUCGUGUGAUUCCGGUCACAGAUACAAAUAGAAUCAGCUACAUUCAUCUCAUGGCCAACUUCAAGCUGUGCACCCAGAUCUACAAGCAGUCUAGCGCGUUCUGCCGUGGCUUCCACUCGUUCGUUCAACCGGACUGGCUCGUGUUCUUCUCGUCGCCGGAGCUGCAGCGUCUCAUCUCCGGUGACAAUCAGCCUCUUGACGUUGGAGAUUUGAGGAAGUAUGUGGAGUAUAGUGGUGGUUUCAGCUCGGCACACUCUGUCAUUCGAUGGCUGUGGGAUGUUGUGGAGAAAGAGCUGGAUCAAGAAGAGAAAGGACUCUUCCUGAAGUUUGUUACCAGCUGUUCAAAGCCUCCUGUGCUUGGAUUUGCACAUCUACAGCCACCGUUCCACAUUCGUUUGGUCGAGGUGGGAGAUGACCAGGACACCGGUGACUCGGUCGUCAGUGUCAUGAGGGGUCUCUUGGGAAUUGGAGCUCGUGCUCGCCAGUCCAGAGACCGUCUGCCCACAGCUUCCACUUGCUUCAACAUGCUAAAACUGCCUAACUACAGCAAGAAGACAGUGCUCCGUGACAAACUGCGCUACGCGAUCCGUGCCAAUGCUGGCUUUGAGCUCUCUUGAUCUAUACAACGUUAUGGUUGGGUGCUAAUGAAUGCAGCCGGCCUUACUGCUUCACCGGCUUCCCCACACCUGCUGUAGAUAUAGAUACAUGUGAUAGUCACACAAAUAUCUAACAAAAUAAUGAUGAUACUUGAACAAUGAUGUUUGACAGUGACCGUGACAGUAGUAACUUUGUUCAUGUUUCGUGUUGAUUGAGUCCCUUUGCUGUAAAUACAUGCUGAGCUUUGCACAUUGCUUUCCCACUUAUUAUCUGGUAAUAGUAUUCUCUACACUGCUGCGUUUAAUUAUAGUGGACAAUGGUUUCUCAGUGCUUCCUAUUCUACUGUUGUGUGUAGUCGUUGCACUGCGUUUUGCAAUGUGCACUGGCAGCACUGCUGAGGUGGAACCAGAGAGCUCUCAUCAGCAAAACCACAUCAAUGAUCAUCUCUCUAGAGUCUUUUGACUCAAAUUAUUUUUAGGUGCUGCGCGCAAUGUACAUUGUGUCGAUCACAUGUUUUACUUUUAGAUUGCAUGAAACUUUAAAAAAAAAUAAAGUUACAGCUCAACA